UUUGCAGCCUGAUGCAAUUGUAAUGCGCAUCUCAGCCAGUGACUUGGAUGAUGGCAAUAACAGUAUUAUCGAAUAUGAAAUCCUACCUGUUCGUGAUCAUUUGUACUUUAAAAUCGAUAAAGCAGCCGGAAUUAUUUAUCUAAACCGUCCAAUAGAUAAGCGUCCCGGACAAUAUUAUACAAUUACUGUUAGUGCGUAUAAUCCAAGUAGUCCAAUAAGUCCAGAUUCCAAACAAGAAUCACAAAUUGAAGUUCGUAUUCGUGUUGUUGAAUCGUCGAAGAAGCCACCAUCGUUUGUUGACCCCAUCGAAGAUCCUAUAUAUUUGAAAGAGGACUAUAUGAACUAUUCCACGCCCAUCGCAACUUUGCGAGCCGUUUCUAAUGUUCCCGAUAAACCAGAAGUUAUAUUUGAAUUAGUUACCGGUCGUACAGAGCAAACGAAUAGUAAAAAGACAUUUGUGUUCAAUCAAACGGGUACUACGGUUACGAUUGGUUUAGGCAAACUGCUCGAUUAUGAAUCGGUAACGGAAUACACACUAACGAUGAUUGCGCGCAAUACAUACGAUUUAGUUGCAGAGCAUGUCAUUAAAGUUAAAGUUGUCGAUGUAAAUGAUAACAUACCAUAUUUUACGGAAGUGAACAAAGGUACAUUGCUUGAGAAUGAACUACCAGGUACACCUGUAAUGCAGGUACGUGCUUUCGAUAUGGACGGUACAGAAGCAAAUAAUAUUGUGUCUUUUGAGUUGGCGGAUAACCGAGAGUAUUUCAAAAUUGAUCCCCAUACUGGUAAUAUAACUGCGCUGACCACAUUCGAUCGUGAGGAGCGUGAUUUUUACAAUGUGAAAGUUAUCGCAAGUGAUAAUUCACCUUCUAGUUUGUAUAACAACGGUGAACCAAAUCGAGGGCAACAAGUUUUUCGCAUUGAAAUAGCGGACAAAAACGAUCAUAAGCCACAUUUUCAGUUAGCCGAAUAUGUACAUGACAGUUUACCCGAAGAUGCCAACAUAAAUUUUAUGGUGAUCGAGGUAGAAGCUGUUGACGAAGAUAAUACAGCACAAAUUGUAUACACAAUCGAAAGUGGAAAUGUUGGAAAUGCUUUCAAAAUUGAAAAAAAGACAGGCCAAAUAACAGUUAAUCAGCGACUUGAUUACGAAAAUAUCACCGAAUAUGUGUUAAAAAUUCGUGCGUUUGAUGGGAUUUAUGAUGACUAUGCCACUGUAAAAAUAAAAAUAGCUAACGUCAACGAUAAUCCUCCAGAAUUUAAAGAGAAAUAUUCGAAAACCAUACAAGAAGAAAUGGUUUUUGACUAUUGUAUAUUGAAUAUUGAAGCCUAUGAUCCGGAUAUAAAGGAUCGUUCAGCAGAUCAACAUAUCAAAUAUUCAGUGGUUAAGGAGGAACAGAAAAAGAUGAUAACCAUAGAUAAUGAUGGCUGUUUAAAACUAAUACAACCGUUAGACCGUGACCCUCCUGAUGGUCACAAGAGUUGGCAGGUGUUAAUCGCGGCAGUGGAUGAAGAUGGACAGGGCUUGAAAUCUGUUACACAUUUGAUCAUCAAUCUGCAGGAUAUUAACGAUAAUGCGCCCUUUUUGGUGAAUACAAUGCCUGUAAUUUGGCAAGAGAAUCGUAAUCCUGGGCAAGUUGUGCAAUUACAGGCAAAUGAUUAUGACGAACCACAGAAUGGACCACCAUAUACGUUCGGCAUCGAUAGUGAGGCAUCCGCAGAUAUUAAAACCAAAUUUAGCAUCGACAACGAUUACCUAUUCGCAAAUGUACAAUUCGAUCGGGAAGAACAAAAAGAGUAUUAUAUACCUAUAAGAAUAAGCGAUUCCGGAAAACCAAAACAAAGCAAAGUAAGCAUUUUGCAUUUGAUUAUAGGUGACGACAAUGACAAUGCUAUGUCAGAGGGUUCUUCGCGUAUUUUCAUUUACAACUAUAAAGGUGAGGCGCCUGACACCGAUGUGGGCCGUGUUUUUGUUGACGACCCUGACGAUUGGGAUCUUGAUGACAAAGAGUUUCGUUGGAAAAAUGGCUUUCCCCAUGAUAAUUUCCGCUUAAAUCCAAACACUGGCAUGAUAACAAUGCUGGAGCGAACACAAGAGGGUGAAUAUCUGCUUGAGUUUGUUGUUACUGAGGAAUCUACCUUUAUACCACGUCAUUCGGUAGAUGCUGAUGUUACUGUUAUUGUACGUGAACUGCCUGAAGAAGCUGUAGACAAAAGUGGCAGCAUUCGUUUCUACAACAUUACCAAGGAGAGUUUUAUCAGUGUGCCACGCGACGCUCAAGCUGACGAUUCUCUUUCAAUAAAAGAUCGCCUACAAUAUUCACUUGCAAAACUAUUCAAUACUUCCGUUACAAAUGUAGAUGUGUUCACGGUAUUGCAAAAUGCCAAUAACACAUUAGAUGUUCGUUAUUCAGCACAUGGCUCACCGUAUUAUGCACCAGAAAAAUUGAAUGGCAUUGUGGCGCAGAACCAACAAAAACUCGAGAACGAGUUGGGUUUACAAAUGCUAAUGGUUAACAUUGACGAAUGUCUUAUUGAAAAGUACAAAUGCGAAUCAUCGUGCAUGAACACGCUGCAUAAAUCGAAUAUUCCUUAUAUGAUAUACUCGAAUACUUCGUCGUUUGUUGGCGUGACCGCCUUUAUUGAAUGGCACUGCGUUUGUGAGGCAAGAAUAAGCACUUACUGUCUCAAUGGUGGAACUCCGCGCAUUGGAGAGAACGACAUGUGCGAUUGCAUAGACGGUUUUACCGGACCCCACUGUGAAUUAGUAUCGGUUGGGUUCUAUGGUAAUGGCUAUGCAUUUUACGAGCCCAUAUCGCCAUGCGAAAACACUAAAAUCAGCUUCGAGGUAGCGCCGCAAACUGACCAGGGUCUAAUUAUGUAUCUUGGACCGCUAAAUUAUAAUCCUUUGUUGCCACUAUCUGACUUCUUGUCACUAGAGUUGAUAAAGGGUUAUCCCACACUUACUGUGGACUAUGGUUCAGGUGCCAUACGUAUUGAGCAUCGGCACAUUCAGCUACAGGUCGGCAAAUCUUAUCAGUUGGACAUUAUAUUACAACGAACCAGUAUUGAAAUGAUUGUCGACAAUUGCCGGCUAUCAACUUGUAUUAGUUUGGGAGCACCGCAAGGUCCCAAUGAGUUCUUAAAUGUUAAUUCGCCAUUGCAACUUGGUGGCACACCAGUGGAUCUCUUGCGGCUAGGUGGAAAACUGAACUGGACAUAUACGCCGAGCCGUCAAGGUUUCUUCGGUUGCAUACGUAACUUGACGAUCAAUAAUCAUACAUACAAUUUGGGAGCGCCUGCAAUAUCACGUAACAUCGAUUCUGGUUGUCAGCGCGCAGUUGCUGUGGCCGUUAGUUUCGGCAUUGACCGCAACUUUAUCAUUGCUAUUGUGGCAUGCAUACUUCUUCUGCUGAUUAUUUUAUUGGCUGUGGUAGUACAGAAGAAGCAAAAGAAUGGUUGGCAUGAAAAGGAUAUUGACGAUAUAAGAGAAACAAUAAUCAAUUACGAAGAUGAGGGCGGUGGUGAGCGAGACACCGACUAUGAUCUUAACGUGUUGCGCUCGCAACCUUUCUACGAAGAGAAGUUGUACAAAGAUCCACAUACCUUACAAUCAAUGAAAGAUCCAAAUAAUGAAAUUCCCGAUAUUGGCGGCUUUUUGGGUGAUAAAAAAGAGAAUUGUGAUCGGGAAGCCGGCACGUAUCCGGUGGAUGAUGUGCGGAACUACGCGUACGAAGGUGAUGGCAACUCGGAUGGCAGUCUUUCUAGUCUAGCCUCCUGCACUGAUGAUGGUGAUCUCAAUUUUGAUUAUUUAUCGAAUUUCGGGCCACGAUUCCGUAAAUUGGCCGAUAUGUAUGGCGAAGAACCAUCCGACACAGAUUCAAAUGUAGAUGAUGAACAAGGUUGGCGUAUAUAAAGCUGGAUUAUAGACUUCCAUUGACAUUUCAUACCGAAUGUAAAAGACUUUAAAAUUAAGACCAUAGCUAAUGGUAACGUAUUGUAUGGAUUUAAAUCCAUAAAUGUGUACAAUUUUACACAAAUAAUACACAAAUACAUAUGCAAAUGUAAAUUGGCGCUUGGCUUAAUAUACAUACAUACAUUUUUAAAUUAUUUUUUCGUCAGUAAUUUAAUAUGGAAAAGUGAUGUACAUAAUUAUAAGUAAAAACAUAUUGUAGAAAAAAGUGUUCGCACAUACAUUCACAAAAUAACUGAACAAAUAUUUAUAUUAAAUAGUUUUUUUUUUUAAGAAACAUAUUGACAAUCUCAAAUAUAGCGAGUGUAGUAUCCAGGAAGGAAUGCAAUAUCCAUAUAAAUACACAUCGUAUAAAAUCAAACAAAUAUUGUGUUAUUUGAAAGGAAUAAACACAAGUAAAGCAUUUAGAUAUCAGUAUAAUUUUGGUAACAUUUUUCUGGUUCCAUUUAUUUUAUAUCGUACGAAGAAGUCUUCAAUUAUAUACUAAAAUAAUUCAAAUUUUAACGUAAUGGAUGCAAACUGAAACCGAAAUCAUACCACAUAUCUUAUCUAGAAAUAUAGUUAAACACUAAAACACAUUAAGGGUCAUAAGUUCCAUAGGGAAACCUCCCUACCCCUUUGAAGUCCUUUCAGAUACAAGUACGUAACUAUAGCUCGAUAUAGCGCUGAUGGAUAUGUACAUAAAUAUAUGAGAUACGAAAAAAUAAUUCUGAUAUGAAUUAUAUUUUAAACACUGCAUAUACAUAUACAUACAUACCUUAAUAAAGGUGACGACGAUUUUUUAGAGUACUUUUCAACUAUGUAGUCCCAUUUACAUAUCUAAAAAUGUAAAUGUAACAUAAUAUUUUUCCAAAUAUUCUAGGGUAGAAAUAAACAAAAUCGAAAAACCACUUGUAGUUACAAUAACUAAUAUAGAACGAUAUACAAAUGUAAGUCCAUAUACGGACAUUUGUUUCUAGACAGCUAAGUGUAAUUAGUGGUAUGCAUUUAUGUGUGUUUUUAAUGUUCAUACAUACAUACAUACAUACAUUCAAAUACAUACAACACGAACAUAAAUUAUUUUUGUAAGGCAUUGAUUUUUACUGGCCAGAAUUUAUUAAAGAAGUAGAGAGUAUAUGGUUAAAGUGUGAUUAUUGAUGAGUUUGAGAAUCAAAAUAAAAAAAAUAAAACAAUA